AUGUCGGCGCAACAACCCAUUACCGUCGGCGACUCCAAGGGCCCAACCGCCUACGAAGCCACAGCUACCGCCAACGCCCCUUCUACAACCACCAACGAAGAUGCUGCCGUCAGCCAGGGCAUUCACACCCUUGAGGUCAAAUCUGUCCACUGGUACAGCUACCUGACCACCGUCGACUUCUGGAUCGUCCUCGCUCUUGGUCAGGUUCUUGCCCUGUGCAUCACCGCGACCAACACUUUCACCAGCUUCCUCGCCGAGGCGGGCACCAACAUCCCUGCCUUCCAGACCGUCUUCAACUACAUCCUCAUGUUCCUCAUCUACACACCUGUGUUCCUCUACAAGGACGGUUUCCGAGGCUGGUGGCAGAUCGCUGUCAAGGAUGGCUGGAAGUACCUUAUCAUGGCCUUCCUGGAUGUUGAGGGCAACUACUUUACUGUUUUGGCAUACCGAUACACCAACGUUUUGUCUGCGCAGUUGAUCAACUUCUGGGCUAUUGUCUGCGUUGUUGUCAUCUCGUUCUUCCUUCUCAAGGUCCGCUACAGAGUCUUUCAGAUCAUUGGUAUCUUGGUCUGCUGUGGUGGUAUGGGUAUUCUGAUUGGCAGCGAUCACAUCAGCGGUACCAACGGCGGUACGGGUCUCGACAUGGUCAAGGGUGACUUGUUCGCCCUUCUCGGUGCUACUCUCUACGGUACCACCAACGUUUUCGAGGAGUGGCUCGUCUCCCGAGCUCACUUGUACCACGUCCUGUCUUUCCUUGGUCUCUUCGGAAUGUGCAUCAACGGUGUCCAAGCUGCCAUCUUCGACCGCGAGUCCUUCGAUAACGCUACCUGGAACGGUAAGGUUAUCGGCUGGAUCAUCGGUUACACCCUGUGCCUGAACCUCUUCUACAUCCUCGUCCCCAUCAUGCUGCGCAUGGGAAGUGCUGCAUUCCUCAACAUUUCUCUGUUGACUGCCAACUUCUGGGGUGUCAUCAUCGGUAUCCGAGUCUUUGGCUACACCAUCCACUUCCUUUACCCCAUUGCCUUCGUUCUCAUUAUCGUUGGACAGCUUACCUACUUUGUCACUGGUAGCAUGCUCAGUGAUUCCAAGAAGCCCUGGCUGGGUGAUAAUCAGGAGGAUGGUGUUCUGGGUUUCGGCACUGCUAAGCUCAAGGCUCUCAACGCUGCGCGUAAGGCGCAGAUGGAAGCUGAGGCUGGCAAUAGCGAUUCCUAA